GGCACUGCAUUACCCAGAGUUCCUUGGGCACGCUUCGAAAAACCCGGAGAAGGGGUCACAAAUCAAACCGUCCUCCGAUGGCGGGCCGGCUCCUCAAAGUCUCCUCUCUGGCCACAGCAGUGUUGGCCUCCUCGGGGUUCUACCUCUACAACAGGCAGCUGGACCUCAGUGACCUGAGCGUGAUCCGCUUCGGACGAGCCGCAGCUGCCACGGCAGUGAUCAGCUACGACUAUCUGACAGCGUUCAAACAUGUGGACUACGGCACAGAGGAGUACUGGGCUCUCAAGUCCAAGGUAGGUGUUCAGUUUCUAUGGAGGGUG